UGUAACAAAGACACUGUCGUAAUACUGUCCUAUAAAGAAAGGGCAGAUCAGAGAUGGGAUGGAUUUCGGUUUGUAUAUUGAGCAGUAAAGCUUUAAAUGAGCCUUUCUUAAAUCCUUUUUUCCCUAUUUUAUCAUAUUUUAUCUAUCCUUAAAAUAACCUCUCGUUUGAUUGCCUCUUUUUCCAAUACGGGGUUUUGUUUUGUUUUGUUUUUGCUUACAGGAUGAUUGAAAAUUCUGAAAUAACAUACCUGCAUGCAAUAAUGAGAGAAUUAAUAGCUUUAAAUCUGAGCCCAAUAUUUAAGUAUUUCAGUUAUUUAAUUAUUGCUAUUGUUAUUUUUAGGUUAUGAUUUAUACCACCUGAAAUACAAACCGACCUCUGCCCCAUUUCUGACCAGCAGUUUUUAUAGAGCACUAUUUUACAAUUCUAUCAUAGAAUAUUCUAUCAACUUUAGCCAGCCUGUAACACAAAAUAUUUACAAAUGCUUCUCACCCAUAAGGUGAGGGGAUUGAAAUUAGGCUGGUUGUACCGUUUCUGAACAGCCAAUUUUAUUAAAAGAUGUAAGUUUUGGUGAGCUGAAGCUCACUUCAUCUGAGAAAUAUGUAGCAUGUAUAUUAUAUUUUAUUAUCCCUCCAACUGUGCUUGACUCCGAAGAUACUGGGAUAUAGUCAAGAAAUUUUCAGGCAGACCCAGCCCAGCUUAACUUUCAAGACCAGCUACAUUUACCAGAUAUCUGAAUGGAGAAAGGAGAACAGACAAUUCGAAAGAAGGACAGCUGGAAAGAAAAGGAGGACACUCAAACUAUUUUAACUUUCUUGGCAGCUGCAACAAAAAUUACAGCAAAUACUGCAAAAAAUGUACUUAGGCCUACAGCGCAUCAGCUAUAACACACUACUGAAUGGUGUUGGCCUGAUUUUGCACAUCCAGCAUGUGAUAAGCAAAUUGAUUGGGGGCUUUACAGACAUUCCUAUUCUUCACAUCAACCAAUGUGAAAAGCAUCUGCCAAUUACAGAAUUGCAUCAGGAAUGGGUAUCAUGCUGAGAAAAUAUUGUCACCUGAAAUACAUUAUUAUUGGAUUAUUCUUGGUGGUGGCUCUUCUUACUAUAAUCACUGUGGCUAUCACACAGAAUUUAUUUCCCACCAGGAACCGUAAAUAUGGGAUUGUGUUGGAUGCUGGUUCUUCCCACACAAGUGUAUAUGUAUAUGAAUGGCCAGCUGAGAAAGAAAAUAAUACAGGAAUGGUGCAUCAGAUUUACGAAUGUGAAGCAGAAGGUCCAGGAAUUUCAUCCUAUGCUAAUGCUGUGGAAAAUGCCAGUGUCCCUCUAAAGCACUGUAUGGAUUCAGCAAAGGAGAUUGUGCCACAGGGAAAGCAUCAGGAGACGCCUGUUUACUUAGGGGCAACAGCUGGCAUGCGGCUGCUGAGUUUGAAAAAUAAGGAUGCUGCUAGGAAGCUUCUCUCUGAGGUGGAGGAAACAUUGCGUAUAUAUCCCUUCAAGUUCCAGGGCGCCAGGAUUCUCAGUGGUGAAGAAGAAGGUGCUUAUGGCUGGAUCACCCUGAAUUACUUACUGGGCAAAUUUGCAGAGUCUAUCUGGCCAAAAGUAUUUGCCCAUUCAAGUAGGACAACAGGAGCACUGGAUCUUGGAGGAGCAUCUACACAGAUUACCUUUGUACCUGAUCCAGAUAAGAUUGAAUUAACAACAGAUAUAAUAAAUUUCCAUCUCUAUGGCAAGGAGUACAGAGUAUAUACACAUAGCUUCUUAUGUUAUGGGAAGGACCAAGCUCUUCGCCUCAAGCUGUUACAAGAUGUUGUUUCUUCAACAACUGACAAACUCCAGGACCCAUGUUUCCACCAAGGAUAUGUGAGGACAUUUAAUGUCUUUGAUCUGACCACAAAUCCCUGUACAGCACGUAACAUCACUGCACCGUAUUCUCAGAUCCAAAUCCAAGGUGAUGGGAAUUAUGAAAAAUGCUUAGAAAGCAUCCAGAGAAUCUUUAAUACUGAAGACUGUCUUUACUCCAACUGCUCAUUCAAGGGCAUUUUCUUGCCUGAGGUGUCUGGAGAAUUUGGGGCAUUUUCUGCUUUCUACUAUGUAAUGAAUUUUCUAAAUGUGACCGAAAAACCUAUGGACCAAGUGAUAGAAACAGUGAAGAACUUUUGUUCCAAAUCCUGGAAUGAGGUGAAAGUCGAAUUUCCUGAGAUAAAAGAGAAAUACUUGAGCGAAUACUGUUUCUCAAGUACAUAUAUUAUCUCCCUGCUCGGUCAGAGAUAUAACUUCACUAAGGAAAAAUGGCAGAAUAUCCACUUCCUAGAGAAGAUUGAAAACAGUGACGCAGGAUGGACACUGGGCUAUAUGCUAAACCUUACCAACAUGAUCCCUGCAGAACAGCCCUACACACGCCUCUUGUCUCACACAGGUUUUAUCAGCUUCAUUGUCAUCUGCUCUGCUCUAGUAAUGACUCUGCUCUUAGUAGGCUGGAUUAUAUAUCAUAAACCAAAGUGCCUGAGAAAGGAAAUAAUUUAAGAUGCAGAAGGACAUUAGACACAUCGAUGGAAACAUCAGGGGUUGUCAAGAUCAGGGGUUGUACUUUCCUACUCUGCUCUGCUGAAAUACCUAGUUUAUAUGAGAGCUUUCUGGACCAUUUGCUCCGGCACCAACAGAUGCCAAAACAACAGCAUGAUACCAUUCUCUUCAUCUCCCUCAGAUUGAAGAUUCACUUUUCAUACUACCCUAAUUGAGGGUUGAUAAAUUCUUGCAUGUUGUAUUAAAACAAAACCCCACUUCUCUCAGGUAUGCCACUUCAUACAUUGCUUUGGUCCUGGAAAUAUAGUACAGGGACAUCCAGUCAGAUGGCCUGAACACUGCAAGGACUAACUUAUACCAAUAGCUGCAGCUGCUCUCAGAUCAUGUGUUUUCUUUUAUCCUACUGGGGAAAAAACACAAGCAUUCAGAAAUACCACCUACUACCAUCUACUAGUUUUGAAGUAGUCCUUUAUCAGAAUUGUGAUAGUAUUUGUAUUAUUUCAUUGUAGUAGUAUUUGUAAUAAUUCAUCUGUGAAAGAGGUUGAAAGUGCAAACCUUUGACAAUAACUUAUCAAUUGCUGGGAGAAGAAGGGAAGAGUUCUCUCUACUAAAAGCUAAAGAAUAAAAUGCAGCUUAUGAAUUUGCAGCUUGACCAGAAAAAGGAGCAGUAAAUUAUUCCUGAUGUGUAACAGUUGGUACCUGAGUAACAGGCCUUGCACUGAUGAGCUGUUCGUGAAGUGUUUGGAUUCACUGUCAGCUGCCUUAUGUAAGUUAUAUAGUUCUUGGGCACUGAGGUUUGAUUUCACACUUUAUAUUAUCAAAAUCCAUUGGUAUUAUUAUUCAAAACCUAUACGAGGAAGAGGGAACCAAACCCUUUGCAACUGAAUUCAUAUGCUUGCAAUGCAGAAGUUCUUAAGGGUAAAACCUGUGGAAAAAGAAUUCCUUCUUACAAGCACCAAAAGAAUGUUCCUAGGAAAAAACUAAAUAUGGUUUGAUUUGCACUGAGGUUUUAACAUAAAUUAGGAAUACAGGUAGUCCUCGAUUUACAACAGUUCAUUUAGUGACUGUUCAAACUUACAACGGCAUUAAAAAGUGACUUAUGACCAUUUUUCACACUUACGACCAAUAUAGCAUCCUCAUGAUCACAUGAUCAGA